CGAGCAAGAGGAGAGAAGGGCCGCCGCCUCCCCCGCCAUCCGCGUGGCCGCCUUCCCCAACCGCAGCGCUCUGAAACACAAACUUCCCCAAUCCCCAAUCCCCAAUCCCCCAAUCUACCCCAGCUUUCUCCCGAUAAUUCUCUCCUCCGAUUUCGCCGCCUUCCCUCCCGCUCGGGCCAUCGACGCAGCCUCCCCUAAAGAACAACACCUACCCUCUGCCGCGUCGGCGAAGAGAUGGGGAAGCACGAGUUCCUGACGCCGAAGGCGAUCGCGAACAGGAUCAAGGCGAAGGGGCUGCAGAAGCUGCGGUGGUACUGCCAGAUGUGCCAGAAGCAGUGCCGCGACGAGAAUGGCUUCAAGUGCCACUGCAUGUCGGAGUCGCACCAGCGCCAGAUGCAGGUGUUCGGCCAGGCCCCCGACCGAGUCGUCGAGGGCUUCUCCGAGGAGUUCCUCGACGCCUUCCUCACCUUGCUCCGCCGCGCCCACCGCCACUCCCGCAUCGCCGCCACCGUCGUCUACAACGAGUUCAUCGCCGACCGCCACCACGUCCACAUGAACUCCACGCGCUGGGCCACGCUCACCGAGUUCGUCAAGUUCCUCGGGCGCGAGGGCCACUGCAAGGUUGAGGACACUCCCAAAGGGUGGUUCAUCACCUACAUCGACCGCGACUCCGAGCAGGCCGUGAAGGCCAGGCUCAAGCGCAAGAGGAUCAAGUCCGACCUUGCGGAGGACGAGCGGCAGGAGCGCAUGAUUGCACGCCAGAUAGAGCGAGCCCAGCAAUCCAUGGGUAAAACUAAUGGUGAACUUGGUGAUGAUGCUAGUCCGGAUGGUAGCGAAGGUGAGUCCGGCAGCGAAGAUGAGUAUUCGGACUCAGAAAAUGACCAUGAGGGACAAGAGGAGGAUGCAAAAGAAGCCAACAAAGCAGCAGGGAAGAUUGCAAUUGCACUUCAGCGGGCUGUGCCAGGGCCAAAGGUUAACCCUCUCGAUGAUAAGCCAAAGGUUAAAUUUGGUUUUGAGGAAGAGGAUGAGGUGAGCGCGCGGGAUAAGGAGAAGGAAGAGUUGGCCAAGAAGAAGGGAAAGGAUGCUAUAAACGCAGCAGAAGCUAGGAGGUCAGCAUUGGAUGAGCUGAUGAAGGAGGAGGAGAAAGCGAAGGAGCGGAGCAAUAGGAAGGAUUACUGGCUAUGCCCAGGUAUUGUGGUCAAGGUGAUGAGCAAGUCGCUGGCAGAGAAGGGGUACUGCAAACAGAAGGGUGUGGUGAAGAGGGUGAUUGAUAAGUAUGUUGGGGAGAUUGAGAUGCUGGAGAGCAAGCAUGUUCUUAGGGUCGACCAAGAUGAGCUUGAGACAGUUAUCCCCCAGAUUGGUGGGCUGGUGCGUAUUGUUAAUGGAGCUUACCGGGGAUCUAAUGCAAGGUUGCUUUCAGUGGACACAGAGAGAUUUUGUGCCAAAGUGCAGGUUGAGAAGGGCCUCUAUGAUGGGAAGGUUCUUAAGGCCAUUGAGUACGAGGACAUUUGCAAGAUUUUUCACUGAGAUAUCAUGGAAUUCCAUCUUAUUUCUGGAGCAUUACUGCUGUCAAAUGUCAAACAUAUGACUAUGCAAGCCAAUGUGUUGGACCUUUCUGUUAGUUGCCUGACAAUAAUAAGACCCUGCAAGCUCGGAUUCUUCAAUCUAAAAGUGACAAGAGACUAUCUUGGUAAUUAUAGUCUUUCUUAUGUAUAUUAUUUUGUUUUUCAAUUUCUAUUGCAGUGAAGAUGAAAAUACACAUGGAGAGUUCAUCCACAGAUAUUACCGUCUGAAGUUUGUUUAUAUAUUUGUUUUUCUUAAGAAUCAAGGGGUGCCCUCCGUAAUAUUAUGAAUAUUUUGGAAAUUUUGACACUGGAUAAUGUAGGCCCAUAUUAUUAACAGAAGUACAGAACUAAUGAUGUUAACUUAA